GAGCACCAGCACCACCAGCACCAGCAGCAGCAACGUAAUGGAGCCGUGAGCAUUCUCGUAAGCCGUACGCAAUUGCAUCACCGUGCCGACCGUCAUCUCCCGUGUCUGUACAAUGAGAUUUAACGCCGCCCGCGGCCCGCUCGACCGUCGACACGUGCAUUCUGAAGAUAAUCUGCUUUCCAGAUAAUAAAUAUAUGGAUAACUAUGUAGGUGUACACAGUUCACCUGCAUGUGCCACGUAUCACUAGCUUAUUUGGCAUAGUAGAAUGGCACAACGAGGCAAGAGGCAUAGAAACGACAAUGAUCUGGCGUCUUGUCCGGGCGCUGUUAAAAGGCGCAAAUGUAGAUUGGGCCCAGCUGCCACUGGUUCAUCGGCACUGGCAGCGACCAUGGGGCCCUCAGAAGAAGAGGAAACGAUGGCGUCGUCGAGCCAAGGGGGGGCACCCUGGACCGCCCGAUCUGUCAGCGAUAUCAAGAUUCCCAGUAUAUACAACCGAUCGUCCGCGGAGGCACCAGCGGAGUUAUUUCGUAAAGACCUGAUCAGCGCUAUGAAAUUGCCAGACAGUGAGCCGCUGAGUCCAAACGAGUAUUGGGUUAUAACUGAUCAGUGGAAGCAGGAGUGGGAGAGAGGUGUUCAAGUACCCGUUAAUCCGGAUUCUCUUCCCGAACCGAUGGUCACUGUCACGCAAACGUCUCCUUUGAAGUUACAAGCUGAAUUCAAAUUGCCUAAAAAGUUGAUAAGAAUAUCUCGUGAUGAUUAUUUUAACACGGAGGAUCAUCAUUUAAGUACCACUCCGUCGAGAGCGGAGAAGGCCUGCGCUUACGACCUCGAUGACACUGACAUCGCCUGGUUGGAAGUGUUCAAUGGUGAACGAGCACAGGCUGGACAACCGCCGGUCACGGAAUCGCAGUUGGAGCGUGUCGUAGAAGAGCUGGAGGUGCGAUGUUGGGAAAGGAUUCAAACAAUCGUGAAGAAUGAGGAGGGACUUGGGAUUGAGUACGACGAAAAUGUCAUUUGUGAUGUUUGCAGAUCGCCGGACUCCGAGGAGGGUAACGAGAUGGUAUUUUGUGAUUGUUGCAACAUAUGUGUACAUCAAGCUUGUUACGGCAUUACUUCGAUACCCGAUGGCUCCUGGUUGUGUAGAACUUGUUCGUUAAGUCAACGACCCGACUGUGUAUUAUGCCCUAAUAAGGGAGGUGCAAUGAAGUGCACACGGAGCGGUCAAAAAUGGGCUCAUGUCUCGUGCGCGCUUUGGAUUCCCGAAGUUAGCAUCGGUUGUGUAGAAAGAAUGGAGCCAAUUACAAAAAUAUCCAGUAUUCCGCAAAGUCGAUGGGCCUUAAUUUGCGUUUUAUGCCGUGAACGUGUGGGUGCUUGCAUCCAGUGCAGUAUAAAGACGUGUAAGACAGCGUAUCACGUUACGUGUGCUUUUAAAUAUGGGUUGGAAAUGAAGGCUAUUAUCGAGGACGAAAUGGCAGAUGACGGUGUAAAAUUAAGGUCGUAUUGUCAAAAGCACAGUAGAACAAAUACAAAAGACAAAGUCGGCGUUGGCGGUAGCGUAGGAAGUGGUGGAAAGGGUGGUUCAGAUUCCGAGGAUGGUGAAUCCAGACGACGAAAACGGAAAGACAUGACCUCUGAAGAGAAAAAUCAAGCACGCGCAGCUAAGCUGCAAGAAAUUGAAGCGGAAUUUGAUAAGCAUGUUAGUAUAAAGGAUAUUACUUCCCAACAAUUGGACAUAGAUCCCGAUAGCAUCAUAUACAUAUAUAACUAUUGGAAACUGAAGAGACGAGCCGGUCAUAACAAACCAUUGCUAGCUCCUCGUUGUGGCGAACUGUCGAGCGCAGGAGCACGUGCUCAGGGUCAAGCGGCCGAUGUAGAAAAAAUGCGUACGUUUGUCCAACUGCGGCAAGAUCUGGAACGCGUGCGAAAUUUGUGCUACAUGGUCGGCCGUCGCGAGAAACUUUGUCGUUCUUUUCUGAGAUUACGCGAACAGACUUUCCACAAGCAGGCAAUGGUGAUGGCCGGACCACCGUUAUCUCCAACGACGGCUGCGGCUAUUGUCGAAGCCAAUCAUGGGCCUUCGAUAUACGAUCGUCUCUAUUCCCAUCCCGAUGCCGAGGAUCACACGCAUGACUUCAACACAAUACUCUCUCGGAUCAAAAUCGAGUCGCCCACGCCAGCGUCUAACGAUGAGAAGAAAAUACAACCGGACUUCAACGGUGCGUCCAAUAAGAAACCCUACUUCAACGGUUCGGUCAGAGGGAAGAGCUUGUACGGGAGUGACUUGUCGUCCAUGAGUAGUAGCGAGACGGACGCGGUGAAGACAGAAAGGAAAACGACUGGCAAAUGCACGAAUAAGUCUAAGAGUGUGAAGACUGAGAUCGAAUCGAGCUCAGAGGAAGAAGGAAAUGCAAUGUCAAAGAACAAGACUCCCGCUAGGCGAAAAACGAAGAAAAAUACGCCGGACAAGACACGAGUUAAACUGCGCGACAGCAGCGAGAGCGAUAAGCUAGAUAUGGUGAACAGAUCGCGUUCCCAGCAUAUGGAAUUUGGUAGUUCCGACAGCGAGAGCGACGAAUUAUUGCCGUUGAGCACCAACGCCAGCUCUCGUCUCGGUCCGUCGGCAGCUUCUGCCAUAUAUUCGGAUACUGAUUCGGAUUCGCAGGAGCAUCAUUCUCACUCGGCCGUACUUAUCACAAAAGCUGCGGUGAAAGAAUUCUCAGCGGCGGAUUUAUCAAAGAAUACGCAGAAGAACUUUACCUGCAAGGAUGCCGUGAGAUCCGAAUAUCAGGAUGAGUCCACGAAGAACAAAGAGAACGUGAAGAUUUCCAAGAAGAAAGAAAAAGAAUGCAUACCAUCCGCUCUGAUAGUUCCGCAGCGGCAAGCGGCGAAGAAGGCAUCGGAGAACAUGCAGCGAACAACACAGGGUAAGAAGGAAAAUACCGCGAGCGAGCCCAUAGAGUUCGUCAAGUCGCCCGGGGAACCUUUGAAACCAACCAAGGAGAAGCCGCCUGGUAAGAAGCAGCGCGAUAACAAGGCGCCAAAGGACGUUAAGAAUAAUGACGUUUAUGAUUUCGACAAGGAGUUCGGUGACGGUUCGGAGAUCCUCGCUUACGUGCCGCAACGGCAGGCUGCGAAGAAAGCCGCAGAGCACAUCAAGAGUGGUAUGGGCACGAAAACUGCUCCGACGGAUCCCGAAACCGCGGAUGGAAAACCAAAGAAGGAAUUGCCGGACGGUGGUAAGAGAAAAGAGAUCAAGAAGGAGGAAUCGCCGAAAAAGGAGGAGCUGCUGCCGACAAGAAAGGAGGAGCCAUUGCUGAAGGAGAGACGGGGAAAGAAACAGAUGCCUGAGAGCAGCAAUAGCGAGAGCAGCAGCAGCGACAGCAGCAGCGGUAGCAGCUCUUCGGAGAGCAGCAGCGAUUCCGACGUAGCUAAGAGUCCAAUGCAAAAAUUGUCUAGCACCAUUAAGGAGCCGGCUUCCUCCUCAACCACCACCACCACUACCACGUCCUCCGAAAGUGAUAACGGUAAUCAGGUGAAGAGCAAACCUGCGAAUAAACGACAGACAAUGAAUAAAGUCGCGGACGAAGUCGAGUCUGAGAAGAGGAUUGUCGCGGGGCGGAAACUCAAGAAGCUGCCCGAUAAGAAGCUUAAAACUUCCGACGGGCGGCAUGGACCAGAGUUUCAGCCGCCGCUUACUGAGAGAGAAGAAUCAGGUAGAACCGCAGUACCUAAGGAGCAGCAGCAGCAGCAGCAGCAGCAGGCACAACAACAACAACAACAACAACAACAACAGCAGCAGCAGCAGCAGCAGCAAUCCAGUAAAAAAGCUGAUCAAAGAGACUCCUCCAAAAGGUCGACAUCCCUGCAAUCACAACAGCCAGCUGAACAAAGUGUGCUCGGUGGGUCUCGAAAUAAUGAUGGGCUACGAGGUGUUUCUGGGGCCAAGUCUACCAAGAAAUCCAGUCAGUCUGUUAAGCAGACACAACAACAACAGCAGUCUACUCUCAGAGGCAAGGAGGACAGCGGCGGAACAGUGUCCAGAGCGAAGUCGGAGACUCGUAAACGAAAAUCGAGCGAGGUUACCGCAAAGGAGGACAAGGGUAACAAGGAGACGUCACCGCUCAAGAAGAUGGAAAAGAAAUUAAUAGACAGGAUAACCAAGGAAGCCGAGAAAGAUAACAAACACGAUACUACUAGUAUUAAAAAUGUUCCAGAACACGUGGAACUUCCGAAAGUGUCUGAGAAUACUCCUAAAGUGGAUGACAAAAAGAUUAAGAAAACAAGUAAUAAGAAUGCGAUCAAUACGUUGGAGGAGGAGAUGAAGCAGCGACGGGCGGAACGAGACAGUCCAAAGAAGUCAUCGAGAGGACUGGACAAGCUUCUUGAAAAACGCGAACAUCUUGAUAAAUUGUCAAGGAACAGGAUUGCCAUUCAGCAGGAGAGAUGUAACGAGGAGAACAAGGACAUAAAAAUAGUGGCAUCCGUCGCGAAGGAGCCUGUCAAGAGUGAAGACAUUAAGAACCACAUGAGCGAGGAAGUCGCGGUGCUAGAUACUAUGAAAUUGGAGAAAGACGAUGUAAAGAAGAACGUCGAGAAGACGUUGGAGAAACCUACGGACAGAAAGAAGAAGACGGAGCGGAGGCUCGAGAGCGAGACGCAGGCUGCUGUCGAGAUGAUCACGGUGGUCGACGAGAUAGCUAGGGAUAGCAUUUACUUGAGGUCGUUGCACGAAAAUAAAAUCUCUACCGCAUUAAUGGAGAACGUGACGUCCGAGAAAGAGUGUCAGUUAAAGAGAAGAAAGUCGGUGAAUCGUUCCAUCUUCUCGCCGCAACACGGCAGCAAGGAUCCCAGUGUGUCGGAGCUGUUCGACUUUGAUCAAGACAUGUUGACCGACGACAUGGUGAACGAUGACGGCUUCAGUAUACCGCGCGACGAAGAGCGAGGAGCGGCACCGCUCUCGUUCUCCUUCAACAACGACCUUUGGUUCAAGGAGGACUCGAAGGAGGACAGUGCGCGGGAGACGCUGCAUUUGGUGGAGAAGCUGCGUAUGGAAUUAUCGAAGAAGUCGAAUUCUAGUCAGUUCGAGUUGGAAUCCGCUCCGGCGGAAGAGGAGCUACCGAAGAAAGAGGAGCCGCCUCUUCACGCGGUCGAGAAGCCAACGGAAGAGCAGCUUCAGGAGAAGGUGGACGUGCAGGAGCAGCAGCAACCGUUGGGACAGCAGCAACAGCAAGCAAUCGUACAACCGGUCGAGAUUAAGAGUAACAGCGGUGCGGAGCCCGCGCAGAUGUUCGAGGAUCUCACAUGCAAGAACCAUACUAUGGAGGACAAGAGGAAGCCUUGUUACUCGAGCAACAGCAACAAUGAACAUUACAUGUACGGGAACGAAGAGCGCGAGACGGCCAAAGUGACGGUGGUGGAGCGUGCGAAGCUCGAUAGAGCCGAGGCGGACGAGAGAUGGGUACCGCCGAGCAUGGACAAUUUCAAUCCGAGCGACGUGCAACACCUGAACACGCUGAUCGACAACCAGAACCAUCGUUACGUCGCCGCGGGCGCGGCCGCCACCACGCAUCAAUUCUCCAACGAUAUCAGCGCCGUGAUGCCGGAUUCUGCGGCGAAUCCUGACGCAGCCCUGGUCGCGCACCUCCAGCUCAACAUGCAGGAUCAGUAUCUGCAGCUGCAGCAGGCGCAUCCGAUGGAGCGGGUGCAGCAGCAUCUUGAGGCGCAGCACGUCGUGGCCCAGGAGUCGCGCGUGCAAUCACUCGCGAUGAUUGAUCAGCAGAUGGCGGCAGCAGGUACGGGAAUACCGGCGCAGAUCGUUGACGAGAUCACGCCCAUGGAGAUGGUGAACCGUCAUCUCAUCAGUCUGCCCAACUCGGAGGACGAUCAGGGUAGCGAGAUGGACCGGGUGCUGGACAAGGAGGACGUUUCGUCGGACAUCAGGCAGGACUACACGCAGAGCGGUUCGCCCUACAACGAGCUUAACGGCCGACCGGACACGCGAUGGGCCGAGAGCCAGGUUCUACCGUCGCGACGGUCCACGUCGUCGUCCAUCACAUCCGCGUCUUCCGCGGAGGAGCACACGGCUAUUCCCCCUUACAAGAAUGUACCGCCGCUGUCGUACCCGCCGAUGGACGCGACGCCCUAUCAUUCGUACUCGGAGACCGGCUCUUACGGCACCGGGGCGGUCUCGCUGUUCCCGCCGCAAUCGUGCGCCGCCCCGCUGCCCUAUCCGUCGUCCUUCCCGCCACCCUUCGGCGCCCCUUUCCCGACGCCGCAGUCUAUACUGUCGCAUGUGCCGAAGCCUCUCGAGGAGUCCCUCAACAUUGGUGCGUCGCCGUGCACCGCCGCAUUUACCUCGUCGUCGCAUAAUAUGGCCCUCACCGCGGCCAUGGUAUCGCCGACGAAGGUAACUACGCCGCCACCGGCGCUGGCACCGGUGUCACAACAACAACAACAACAGCAGCAACAGCAACAGCAGCAGCCGCCGCCGCCGCCGCCGCCGCCGCCGCCACCACAGUCACAGCCACAGCCACAGCCACAGCCACAGCCACAGCCACCGUCUUCGGAAACCGCCGUGGAGAACAUAACGGAGGUAUGCGCGGACAACAAGAUUGCGCCGUCUGGCAAGAAGUCGCCAUCGAAACCGACGAGAACGUCCGCCAGGGUGACGUCCUUGCAGGGCAAAUCGCCCGGCAAAUCGCCGCGGCAGGAGACGACCAAGCCCGCGCCGAGCUCUCGCGGUCGCAGCAGGAGCUCCAAGGGGUCUCAGCACUCGGGUUACCGGGGUCGCGGUCGCGGCCGGGGACGGGGACGCGGUAGGACCAACCAGAACCCGUCGAUCGCGAUAGUGCCGAUGUCGAACGCGCUGCACAACGACGACUCUAUCCAGAACAAGCUGGUCGGCACCGUGUACGACUUCGACUCGGACGAGGACUCGGCGAACGAGACCAACAUCGCGGAUCUGCGGACAAUGCGCGAGCGCAAGAAGUCCACCGACGUGAACGAGAAGAAUCGCGCGAGCGAGCCCCUCGGCGGCAUGGCGAACGACGGUGGCAUCCAGUCCCAUCUGACUAGUCCCACGCUGCACACCGUGAAGAAGUACGCCGACGAUAAGAAGCUCGCGUCGCCAGCGGUGCACCACGACCACCAGGCUGCCAUAGCGAAAUCCGAGUCGAGCACCAGCCACCAGUUUGCCGACUGCUUGCCACUGUUACCAGGCCCGGUGGAUAUGCGUACGUACAACUCGACCGUGGACCAGGCGAGCACGUUGGUCCACGGCCAGCCGUACGGUAACCAUUUGCUGGGCAGCUUCGCGGCGAGCGUGAGGGCGGACUCGAAUCUGCCGGAACUCGACGAUUUGUUGCACGACGGUGACUGCUGCGUGACGAAGAAGCCCACCGGUAAGCAGCAGCAACUCGCGAGCGGCGGCUUCGAGGAGCCGUGCUCGAAGGCAGGCUUCGGCGACUCGUCGACGAUAGACCCGUCGUCCGCGUCCAGCUUCGACGCCAACAAGGUUUCCCUGACCGAUUCGAGGAAUCAGUUGAAGGUGAAGAUCAAAGGCCCGUUUCUCGACGCGAAUUAUACGCCAUCGGUACCACCACUGGCACAGCAGGCGCCGGUGAUAAUCACGCCGGCUGCGACCAGUGCGUCUGUCGCGUCAGGGACAUCGAAUCUACGUCGCAUGCGAAAGAAGGAGCUGUUGCGCCAAUACUGUUCGCAGGAUAUGAACAUGGACGAUUCUGCCGGUAGUGUCGCCUCCGUGCCCAUCAUUAUCCCACCAAUCAAUCCGAAUCGCACCAUCAUUACUAUCCCUAAGGCUGUAGCUUCUAUGACAAGUAUACCAACUCGUGAGGACUACAAAGCGGUCGUUGAUGCGAAUAUGGAGAAGAAGCGUCGGAAAGAGCGCGGUGGCGGCGGCAAUGGUGGCAGUGGCUUCCUCGACGUAGUAGCAGGCGAAGAGGAGAGCAGUUCCGACAGAAAGCGUAGUCUUAUGGUCGGCACGGUCAGCGAUCGUAGAAGAGGCAGGCAGACUCGUCCGACCGCCACCACGGUUACGAACAGCGCCGGCCCGCCAAAGCUCAAGAUCAAGAUCGGCAAUAGUAUAAUCGGUGGACAGGACCUAGGCAACGCGCAGGACGAUCGCAGCCGAAUAAGGCCGCCGAAGAAGCGGCUGAGCAGCAUCCCGAGCACGCCCAGUAUGGAGGAGCUGCGCCGCGAGAGCAUGAAGUUCCGCAAGAUGAUCAUGGCGGGCUUCGACAACGACGAGAAGACGAAGAAUAAGCGCGACAAGAACGGCAAGCGGAAGAAGCGGCAGUCCAGCAAGAAGGAGGCGCGGGUGCAGAUCCUGGAGGACGGCGCCGCGCCGCCCAAGCUCAUCAUACGGCUGGGCAAACCGGCGGGCGCCAACACCUCGGCGGUCAACGACGCGCCGAACAGCGCGCCGGUCACCGGCGACGGGGACGACAAUCAGCAGCAGCAGCAGCAACAACAGCAGCAGCAGCAGCAGCAACAGGCGUCGUUGGACAACAAGGACAGUCGAGUGGGUCCGCCGCCGCCCGAGCCCGCCAAGGAGGAGACCGGAGUCUACUCGAUGGAGGGUGGCGUCGACGAGAAGCAGCCGACUUCUGACCCCAAUCCAGGCGCCACCGCCCUCAGGAACAUCCGUUCGGCGAAGGUGACGCCGAUCCGGUUAAAACUGACCCGCUGUCAGGAGGGCUACGAACUCAAGGAUCCGGUGGUAGCGAGAAGCGCGAGUGUGGACGACGGUGGUAGUGGUAGCGGUACUAGUGCGACGACGACGGUGACGUUGGUGAACUCGGCGGCGCCGUUGCCGAUCGGCGGCGCCGAGCAGGAGAAGGCGACGGCGGUGGCGGCGGCGGGACGCCUGCCGGCCACCGACGUCGUCGUCUCCGUCGCCGGGACGAGAGCCGAGCAGGAGCAGCAGCAACCGCCGUGCAUGGAGAAGCAAUCUUCCAAAGAGGACGAUAUUCCGCUGCUGCCUCAGUCCGCGAGUCACAACUCGCCGGGGUGUCCGCCCGCGCCGCUCCCGCAAGGAUGCCAAGUUAGGUGAUAAUUAAUGAUAAUUGUAUAAAUACGGUAAUCUAGUGAACCUUUCUUAGACUAUUCUUCGCGUGCGCGUGUGUAUUACGUACACGUGCCACGGCAUCGCGCACCUACUCGUCGUGCUCGCGUAUACGUAAGACAUAUAUUCGCUAAAGCACACAUACACGUACCCAUACACACACAGAGAACACGUUUUUCGCCACACGUACACGUACAUACAAGAAUAGAAGUGUAUAUUGUUCAGUACUGAGACAGAGACUCGGUGUAAGAGUGUAAUAUAAAUUAUUAAUUAUUGUAAAUGAUCUGAGGGUGAAGUGAAAUUUCACAAAGUGCCCAAAAUUUACCGCAAAUACUAAAAGGGAAAAAAAAUGAACACGUGCAUUUCGUCGGAUGUAUCGGCGGUCCACGCUAAGGUGUCCCCUCGUUGCGCGAUCAUUGUGUAACGUUGUCUCUUGUCUGCAUACCUCUGCGCGCCCACUUUUCCUCCAUUCAACACGGGAUCGUUCGGCCGAUCAAUCUCGAUUAGAACAAAACGUAGUGACCGCGUAGCUCUGUGUGACGCCGAUCAUUUGUUCUUUCGUUUUUUUUUUAUUAUUUUACGGGCAUUACACAAGCCGUCUCCAAGAUCUUUUAAAGAUUUGCGGGAUCUCUUCCAAAGGGAUUCCGAGGGGACGUGCGGCUUGCCGAUCUGUACCAUAACUUGUCACCGUCAUUUCCAUUUACUCCGCACAGCUAUCAAACUAUUUAUUACUUAAGAGAAGCAGUCUGUAGAAACGGGCCAGACUGAAUAUAUUUCCUCGUUUGUCGACGUGCCACGCUCAAACAUUUUUCUUACGCUCGUCGAUGCGACCUCAAAGCAAUACGAUGAUCAGGUGUGGACUUCAAAGGACAUGAACCGGUAUUAGCGCAACGUAUUAGCGCGCCAAGUCUUGACGGGGGUACGAGGCUCAUGUUCGUGCGCAACGAUCGACACCUUAAUGAGGUAUCGCGGCAGCGACGUAAAAUUACCUUGUACAAGAAGCAUAUUUCUCAAAUCACCGCUUAGGUCGUGAUUUUUAAAUGCUAGCUAUAAUGAAUUUUAAUAAACCACAAUACUAUAUACAAUAUUUCGAGCGAUAUACGAUCGAUAUCGACUAUAUGACAAAAAAAAAGCGUAUACCAGCCGGACGUGAAGCAUCAAAUGGAAAGGGAUUCGUCUUUUUUUUACUUUUAGAACAAAUUUCUUUUCUCUUUUUUUGUUUUGGACACACAGGCAUAUCCAUUCGUGCUUGAAAAGGGAAAGAAGAAAAGGGAGGGAAGGCAAGGACGCGCUUCUCCGCGAUUUGACAAUUCGAACUUAACGCGCCGCUCUCUUGCGUUUGACGAUUAAAACCCUGCAAGAUGCCUACGAUCGUGUACCGCGUUUUGCUCCCCCGAAGUCGCACGUUCUUCCCCUUUGUUUUCUUUCUAUCAUUUCGUUUUUCGCUUCACGCUGUGCAAUCCGCACACACGAUCAGUUAGACGCGAAAUUUGAAGAUAUUUUUUUAUUAUAUUUUUUUACACGUUAUAUAUUUACAUACAUAUACAUAUAUGUUACGUACGCACCUCUCGCGCGAUUUGUUACAUAGUUUUUUUUAUAGGAUUCAACGCGUCAUUAAUCGUCACGAUUACCCAUUUUAUCCCUUUUCACGUUGUAGCCCUGCUGCGUGUAUUUAUUUAUGACGAUCAGUGUAAGGCGCUAUUUAUUCACCAUGUAUUUUCUUUCGGAAGCUCCCAAGAACAGUUUUUAGACGACUUUUUAGUUCUUUCUCUUCCCCCCCAUCUUUCAUUCUUUCUUUCUUUCUUUCUCCUUUCUGUCUAGUAUCACCCUAAUUACUAUAUACCGCACGCUAUUAUUACUAUUAUUAUGUAAUUCUCCUCCCUUUUGUAUUAAAAAUUAUCGUUUUAAUCUCGCCACAUAGUUAACAAGAGUUAUGCGUAUAAAAUACUCAUGGUUGAUGAAGCGGCGCGCCAUGUUUUGUACCGAUAUGUAAAGAAAAGAAAGAAAAAGGAUUGCGAUCUAAUUGCGGAAUUGCGAGAAGGGAGAGAGAAAAAGUCCUUUCGGACACGCGUCAUUCGUGCGUGCGUGAUUCGAGUCACGAGAAUCACACAAAAGCUGAAGAUAUUCCGUUAGAUUUGUUUCGUACAAGGCCGAGGAGCGACGUAUCUUCGUCGCCGUCACCAUCUUCACUCUUCGGGAAAGAAGAUUCCCUGGCGAGGGUUGCCCGUAGCUGAGCCUUCGUUUUCUACUUGUCUCUCACUGCAUUUUAAUACCAGCAAGGUUAAAUAACUCUAUUAAUUCUAAAAUACGUUAAAUUACAAAUAUAUGUCUAGGCGUGGAAUAUAAAAUACGUUUAAGCAUGGAAAGAUUUUUUUUUGGAGCAUAAAAGAAUCAUCGUUUCUACGCUCGUCUCUCUCUAAAAGUCAAUCGGUGGGUCAUCACUGAAAACGGUGGACAGUCACUGAUCUACGGCCAUAAGUGUACUGCAAUUUUCAGUGGUAUGCUUAUGGCUGGAAAUUUGUGCCUGUUCGCUGUCCUCAGUGAUAAUCCACCGAUUGACUUUUCGAGAGUACGAAUACGUUUCUCCUUUUCUUUUACAAGAAUUUAUUACCAACUGUAAACUCUGAAGAGCUGCGGUAACAUAUCGAGUUACACAAAGAUGCAUCCUGAUGAAAAAAAUGUACAUGCGAAAGACGUUGUAGAGAGAUGUGUUUCUAAAAAAAAAAGCAAAAAAUAUAUCUAAAAGCGUUUAGACAUCUUCGAGACGCUCGUGUCUCCUUGUUAUUGUAUUUAUUUAUUUUUCUGUCGUGUCUUUUCGUUAUCGUAUCUCAAGAUACUGUAUGGUAUUUAAGAGUAUCAAGGAAAGGAGUUGGGAUUGACAAGCAAUUAGGACGCGAGACAUGGCGGGGAAAGUUUAGCGACGACCGAAAGUCGAUUGCGUGCAAUCGGGGGAGGGGGGAGGAUGCGUUUGUAAAACGCGCGAUAAGCGAAACUGAGGAUUGUUUACGUUUUCAUCAGUCCAGUCAUGCGCGCCGACGGGAAAUCUUAUUACCGAUUGCUGAAUCCUUUGCUAAAUGUGCAAUUGUUACGACGUCCGUAGGAAGGUCCUUCGUCCCGGUCCCCGCUCAUUAGCGAUUGUGGAGUGAAGAGAAUCGUGGGGUGCCACACAUGGGUAUUGGGGGGAAGGUGGCGGCUUUUUAAUAAGAGUAAACUUUGCGUUUUCGGUUAAGACAUGGGAAAGGAUGCAGGUACAUCGAGUGUGAAAAGCGAUAGCGAGAUAACGAUAUUCCCGUGCUCAGUUGUUCUGUUUGAACGGUCCCCCCCCCCCCGACCCAUACGCUUUUCACUCCACAAUCGUGAUGCGACGCGCAGGAUAAGAAGAAAUUGUACAUACUCGUAUCUCAUUGUCAGAUAAGACACAGGAAUCUGUAAUUGGUAUGAAGCUUAUAUAACGGCUGUGUUACCGUACGGAUCUUAUCUUCCAGAUGGUUUUUAGUUGCUCUCUUUCUUGGAUGCGAGCGUAUUAAAAAAAGGAGAGAGAGAGAGAGAGAGAGAGAGAGAGAGAGAGAGAGAGAGAGAGAGAGAGAGAGAGAGAGAGAAAAGAAGAAUUGCACGAUCGCGUCGAUAGACUUUCGACACCUCUUACAUCGAGGAUCGUUGAAGAUUUUUUUUAAAGACGAGCGCUCUAGCGCAGCUUAUUAUCGAUCGACGAACUUUUGGAGAUUACUCAGUGAUAAAAAUUGUAUAGCUGAAAGUGCAGAUGAAAAAAAGGAAAGCAGGAAAAUUGACACCUCGAAAGAAAAUUCACUUCGCGACAUCUCUCAUUAUUAGAACUUUCAUCCCGAUCGCAAUUUUCUCGAUCCUCUUCAUUACGUACUCGGGCGAAAGAUUACGUGAAUGUAUUAAAAGAAGGUUAGUUGAACCGGCAAAUCCUUGUGAUCGGACAUUAAAAGUAUCUUUCAUGCGAACGCGUUGGACUAAGAGGUAAGACAGCUUUUUGUCGCGAUCUUGCAAUUCUAAGAAAAAAGUAAAAGAGAAUGAGUGAUUGAGUAAUAGAGCGAGAGUGAGAAAGGCGAAGAGAGGGGAGAGAGAGAGAGAGAGAGAGAGAGAAUGGGCGAGUAAGUUGCAUAGAUGUAAAUGAAUGAA